CAUUCCUUUUGUAUCACCCUUCCUUUCAUUUCUUCAAAGAUUUUUCUUUUGAACGGUUCAGUCUCAUAUGAGUUUCUGUCCGGACGAAGGUCGCAUAUAUCAACUCGUGUAUGAACUCUCUCUUCCAGAGAAACGAGCUACCGCCAUGCAAGAACUUUGCAAAAUUCGUGAUCUUCCACCAGUCUCUGAGAUAUUGGCACCUAUCAUGUGGAACAGCUUCGGUACUAUUGCAUCCCUACUUCAAGAAAUUAUUUGUGUAUACCCAACUCUUACUUCCUUAAGAUUGGCCAAAUAUCGAACUGGAAGAGUUUGCAACGCGGUCUCGCUUUUACAGGUUAUCGCACAGCAUAGUCAUACACGUGUUCCUUUUUUUCAAGCCAAUAUUUUGAUGUUUUUGUAUCCCCUUCUUAAUACUACAUUCAAACAUAGAUCGUUUGAGUACAUGCGUCUGACCAGUUUGGGCGUCAUCGGUGCUGUUGUGAAGGGAGAUGAAUCAGAAGUGAUCAAUUUUUUACUUUCUACCGAACUCAUUCCAUUAUGCCUUCGCAUCAUGGAGAAUGGCAGUGAUUUGUCAAAGACAUUGGCUACUUUUAUUGUUGAAAAAAUCUUAGUUGACGAAAAUGGAUUAAACUAUGUGUGUGCAACAUCGCUACGUUUUCGCUCGGUUGAAGCUGUGCUUGCGAAUAUGAUCCUCCAGAUUCAACAACCAAGGCAGUACCCUGCAGACGGAACAGACCAAAGGCCGAGGCUGUUGAAACACAUUAUCAGGUGCUAUUUGCGUUUAACAGAUAAAAAUUCCAUUCGUGAAGAGCUUAAAAAAUGCCUGCCGUCGGCCUUUAUCGAUGGAUCACUUAUUCCAUUAAUCAAGGAUGACGCCUCGACCACAAAAAAUUUGAGCAGACUGGUUGAACUUUUGUCAUAGUGCCAUUUAUAGUAUCAACAAGCAUCGAUAGGAAGGAGAAUUCGUUUUUGUAGUAUAAUAUUGGAGGUCAAAGCACCACCACGAGAAAAGUGGUAAAUGUGAUACAGUUAGGCCCAUCACAAACGGCUAUAUAUAUUAUAAUGCAACUCAAUUUUGUGCAUAGUUUUAACUGUUACAACGGAAUCGUUAAAUUAAUUAAUUAUAUAAAAAGCGUUAGUUGUCUGUU